CAAGUUUCCCUCCACACUGAUUUCUGUCACCAUUUCUUCAAACGUGUCGAUCAUGGAGUUGCCUCCGCUGCCACUUGCCAUCUUCUCUUCAAUUUCAGAUUUCUCUCGCAUGCAUACUCUAACUCUGUCGCUCUCUGUGUCUCCCUUUUGCUGCGAUUGCGAUUCUCCCGUGCUACAAUUCGCCUACAAUCUCCUUUUUAUCCGUUCGUCGGGUUUCUGUGUGAUUUUAGCGGAAUCCGAUGGUGGAAGACGAGGAGGGAAGGGAAAAUUGACGGGUCUUUGACAAUCACGAGAAAAUGUGUUGGAGAGGCUUUUUGUUGAUUUGCAGAAGGAAUUUGGUUUCAUAGUUCCUCGAUGCUGGUUUCUUCUCCUGUCUUUUAUGGUAGUCUUCUCUAAAGGGAGCUUCACAGGACAGCAGUUUAUCGAAUGCUCCAAUUCCAAAUGUUAAGACCCAAUUAAGAAAAGUGUUCAUUAUCUUUUUGUUCUCAAGUUCUUUUCAUCAUGAGAUUCCGGGACAGACUGUGAAAACUGUGAUUCAAUAAAUUCUGGUUACAGCCUUCGAGACAGUCAUUGGCAUGUAGUUCAGCAAGAAAAGUAGUGCUACUGGUGGGCUCUAUGGCUUUGCUUUCCGAGUUUCUUAAUGUCACAAUAUUAGUGUUCACGAGGCCUUUCUCGUAUUUCAUGCAUGCUUGUUCUGUUAUCUUGAAAAUCUCUAUUAUUGUUGUUCUUACUUGGUGGGAGCUGUUGAAGACCUCGAUCAAUGUUCACUUGAAUAUAUUUUGGACAAUUUUGAUGUGGGUAAUUGCGUUUGUCUCUCUUCCUGGACGAAUUUUAGCUGCUUUACAGAGGGAAAGGCAGCUGCGACAAGAUUUGCAAUUUCUGGAAAUUGAGUUGGAUAAUGUUUUGUGGGAAGGAAAGGAGCUUCAAAAACAUUUCCAGGCUGCUAUGAAAGAGCAGAAGAUGAUGGAAUUGAUGUUAGAUGAAUUGGAAAUGAUACAUGAAAAGGCAACCAACAAAAUUGCACUCUUAGAAAGUGAGGUGCAGAAUUUGAGAAAUGAAAAACUUCGAGGGCAAGAAAUCAAGGGUAAGGCGUAUUGGAGCUUAAAGGGCCCUGCACAAAAAACUGGCAGAGUUGACAACACUGACAUUUCCCAUGGCAUCUCAUCACGUUCAUCCAGCUAUAGUGGCAGCAGCGUUAUCCAAGACCUCAUUCAGAGUGAUGCUUGGAAAGAUGGUAACAUAUCUAAUACAAAGUUGAUCAAAAUUUUAGAAUCCGGGUUAAAAUCUGACGUAGUUAUCCACCCUCCUACUUCUGAAAUCCUAUCAAAAGAUGAAGAUAUCGGCGAAAUUCUUGACAAACAAAGAGAGGUUGCGGUUUCUCGAAGUCUAUUCAGUACCAUAUUGUCACUUUUGGUUGGAGUGGUUAUAUGGGAAGCUGAAGAGUCUCACUUGUGCCUCAUAGUGGCUCUCUUGUCCGUGGUUAGCAUCUCACUGAAGAGUGUAGUUGAGUUUUUCACGACUAUUAAGAAUAAACCUGCUUUGGAUGCUGUUGCACUUUUGAGCGUCAACUGUUUUGUACUUGGAAUUCUUGCUUACCCUACACUGCCAACAAUUGCUGGUUUACUUGCUCCUCUGGCCUCAAGGUUUGUUGGAAACUGAACCACUUUGCCCGGAAAGUCGAGAGGUACAUCACCUUUUUCCACUAGACAUUAGAUUAUGGAACUUUAUUUUCUAGACGUGAAUCUCCUUUGUAGCAUGUGAUAUAUAGGGGUUUUUAAGUUGCUUAUUCAUCUUUACCAUAAUCUCGAUGUUAAUUUCCAUCUAUGUCAAAAAAAUAAGAUGUAAAUUUCCAUUUGUGAGAGUUUUAUGUAUAAAGGGGGGGUAUGCUACAUAUUUCAUUUAGAUCAAGCUGAAAAAUUUUGAUACUUGAGGAUGGGAAGGAUGUAAACUUUUUUUUUUUUUUUUAAACUUGUCGAUAUGUAAGAUUUUCUACCUGAAUAUAACGUAUUAGUCCUCUUGCUGACUACGAUUGAUCCA